AUGGAGGUUUUUGAGGAAAGUCCUUUAAAAAAUCAAGUUCAGGAUCAAAAUAAUAAUGGUGAGCAUCAGGACGAAACAAAUUCUGUUAAAAAUCUGGGUCUUUCAAGUGGAGUUCUGAGUCCCAAGGAAAUUCAAGGAGAAAAACUGCCAAAUAUCCAGAUACCAAAGGCAGUUCAGGAUGAUAUGAUCUUAAGCGAAUCUGGAAAUCUGGAUCAUGUUGAUAAAGUUCGGGAAGUAGAGGUUUGCCUUUCAGUUCAAGCGCCAAAGAAGUACCCAUCAGGGAUGGAUCCUUAUCAAAAGCAGGUGCUUGAGGAUAAAGCCCUGGAUCCGCAGAGGCAGGACCCACCUGGCAACCUUCGUCGUAGUAGGGUGCCUCCACCCAUGCCUUCGGAGGAGACCAUGCGCCACUCCAUAGCCGACAACCUGAUGGAGAUCCUGGUAAAUAUGACUAACCCGCUGUGCCGCCAGCAGUGCCUUGAACUCUUGCAGGCGGGCGACGCUCUGCAGGCACGCAGCCGAGUCCUGGAUAUCCUGCAGCGAAUCGACGAGCAGCGAGGGACUCGCAGAUAGCUCCUGGUAAAGGAACCUCUUGCAAAGGUCUUCUUAAAU